UCCAAUUUGGAUCUAUGCGAAGAAUGCCAGAGGCAGCAAAAUGGAUGAAGGCAAGUGUCUAUAACUUUCAGAACUUGCCAUAAGUUUCCCAACACCGUCUCUGAAGGAGGCCCACAAGUCAGAUCAACUCGUUUGGUGGAACUGCUGGAUAAUGCUCGCAAUACCAGCAACUUGGUUGGCUUGGUCUAUAUCUCUGCUUAUGGCCACCAUAAUGUUGUACACUUGGCGUAACACUACUCAGAAUGGUGUUUCUAGUACUAUUGAACUUUCUGCACAUGCAAUGCUGUCUUUGCGAAUUACUGUAUCAGCUGUUUUAACUUUUGGUGUUGUCUGCAUCGGCGCCUUGGUGAUCACACUCUCCUUGCAAUUUGGAGACCACUUGGAUCAGGAUUCUGUGCUACGCACGUUCAAUAACCGCGACGCUCGAAGUCCAAAACUUGAAGAAUAUAGACAUGAGUCAGAACAACCAAGAACCAGUCCUAGUGUUUCCUUCCCUGUUACCACAUUCCAUUCUCGUGAACCACCUCCUCUUACUUCCGUGGGCAUUCCCCACAUGCCCUUCCCUACUACCAAAUUGAUGGAUGCGAAUUCCAUUCUUCCUCUGUCUCUCCAGCUUCCUCAUUAUAUCCAAGAUCAGAAUCAAUGCUUUUCCCCAUGGGCCCCAUUUAUGUGUGAAUUACAAAAUGUGAUUCAUCAGGUUACCUUUAUACCCUCUUUGCUAAUUAGUCUGACUUGUUACCCCAGAUUUUCCAACAUCCAUCUUCACUGAGCGCAGAGGAUGUUGCUUUUGCAUGCAUUAAGCGUUGGAACAUGCAAGUUUUCGGGCCAAACAAUAUGGAAGCAAUCUUGUGCAUGGAAUUUCCUCUCGAAUCUGAAGUGUCGGAUGAGGGUGUAUAUUCCGUGUAUAUUAUGGACCUUGCGCAGGC